AUGUCAAGCCCGUCUUCUUCUGUUAUUCGAGUCGGACGUCGUGUAUUCCCAAGCCCGCAAACGGAGGCCAUUCGCAAUUCCGUUGAGCUUCUACACUACUCCCCGCCACCGGAACCCCCCAUUGAUUACACAAUACGUCAGCCUUCAAAAGAAUCUAGUUAUAAAGUCGUAACUGAUGUCUUUCGAAAAUCGGAUUCUCCGGACUUUACAAGCGAAGAAAAUCACUUGAGGUCUUCAAACACUAAACGAAUAACUCGAAGAGACACUGUCGAGGAAGUUCUCGAUGAGCUGGACACGGUUCUCUUCGAAGCUUCAAUACCAUUCGAGCAGCUUAGACAGAAAGUUGAGCGAUUCAAUUUAACGUUCAAGCCAUACGCGCCGGACGUAAAUGUUGAUCAACUCCCAGAGAUUCCAUAUUCAAAGCAAUAUCAGCCGGUACCAAGAUUAGAAAAAACUAGAGAAUCUAGAGAUACUGAAAGAAUCGAUAAGAUAGAAUUAAGCAAAGAGCAGCAAUCAAGAAUUGAUGAAGUUUACAAAAGUACAUUACGAGCAAUCGAGGAGGCCAAAGAUCAUUUCACACCCGAAUAUUUCCGAAAACAUCUCGAAACCAAUCCAGCAGUCCCAAAGUGGAAGGUGAAACUUCUAGCCGAAAAAAAAUCAAAGCAAACGAUUCAAAGGAUAGAACAUGAUGCAUGGGAAGAUUUCGAGAGAUUUAAGCAAAAACUCGAAAAAAACGAUGACGGCAAUCGAAGAGUGAAGCGUUCUUCAAGUGUUCAGAUCGCAUCGAGAAGGCGAAUGAAUGAGUAA